AUGAUACAACUAUGCAGAGCGGAGGACGGGUCGGUCGUGCAGCUUCAAGAGGUGUCGAUGUGGGACUUGGAACGGUUAAACGAUCUCGACCAGUUCAUUUCCGAGAAGACGGGCAUCCCACAUGACGCAAUCUGGGCGUACCUCUCGGAUGGAAGGCCAUUGCGCAACGACAACAUUCGCGACCUGGCAGGAGUAGAGGACCAGACAAUCUAUGUGUUCAACAAGGCAUACCUCAGCAUGGACACUGAACAAGUACUAAAUGAUCUCCAUUCCGACAUAGAGCUGCAGCCUCCUGUGGAAGAUGCUAUAGCUUCUACACCACCCUUCCGAAUAUCGCAACUCGCGGGAAGCUACUUGCAAACCGCCUCCGUUCACCUAGAACAUAUCAACCGCACACUCAGUUCCCUCCACUAUCAGCAGAAUGCGCUCCGAAUAUCCUCGGGAGCACUCGAUCUACACAUACUUGCUACUUCCGAAGGCUUUGAAGCGCUUUCCAACAUCGCACAGCGCGAGCUUGACCGUCAAGCGAAACUCCUUGGCGGCAUCAAUGCGGACCUGGAGAUCGUGAGCCGCGUCAAGGUGCACAAGGAGUUCCUCAGCGCGUCCGUGCGGAAGGCCAUGGAGGCAGGGGACAGAGGCCGCACGCUCGGUGACUAUGUGAGCAAGGUCAAGAUGGAGCAAGUCGCAAACAGCUGCAUGAACACGCAUGAAGACUUGCGGGCACGCUUUGAACAAGUUCAGGAGGCUAUGUCCAGGCUCAGCCUUGGGGGCGAUGAGGUGAGGCACGCCGUCACGAACCUCAGCUCACUCGAAGAGGGCGAAGCCAGUGCGCGGAGGGCACAUGAGGCAUGGGAAAGCAUUUCGGCCAUUAAUGCUUCUCCAGAACGCCCAGGAUCGUCCUCGGAGAAGGCCCUACAUGACUUGCGUCAACUCGACGCUGUCUUGCGGACUGAGGUCCAAUUCAUGGUGGACGUCAAGAACACGUAUACCGAACAAUGUGUCUACGCUAUCCAGCGCAUCAGCGAACUCAACACGGAGCUUGUAACGUUACCGUCUGCGUUAUCAACGCUUCAAGCGAGCUUCAGGGCGAAGACGAGCUUUUCGCAUAUCUCCCGGCUGCACAAUAUGCUCUACGCCUAUGGCGCCACGGUGAUCGAAAUCGUGAGGCGAAAGGAGUUCGCGCGGUUCUUUUAUCAACGGGCCCAGAGUAUCCUCGAGGUUAUGGCAAAGCUCUCGUCAAACGAGCGGAAGCGUCGACAAGCCCACAAGAACGAAGUGCAGAAUGAGCUGCCUUUCGAGGUCAAAGCGCUCGAGGACCCUGUCCCACAUAUCGACUUCUCUCCACAGGGGAGCACGGACUCGCCGUAUUCCCUGGAACGUCUGGACAUUGACGAUUUUCUGCAUGUCCUCGACGAUCUUGAGCACUUCGCACAACAGUCUCAAGAUACCGCUGCGCUGGACUCCAUUGCGGAAGCCCGCUCGAAACUGGACAGGCUGAUCGGGAAGAUGGAUAGCCUCGAAUCUGGGUUCGAUCGGAUUGCUGAACGAUCCCUGCUCUCGUCUUCUAGGCUACUGAGCCACCGACGCAGAGCCACGGAGGACGACCAGGCGUACGUAGAGCUGACGUCCCAGCUGCAAGAACUCCGGCAACAGAAGACAGAUGCAGACGCCGCGCACGAGCGCAGCCGGGCCGCUAUGGACUCGGAGAUCUUCCAGCUGCGCGACUCGCUGCAGACGUCCGAGACGGCCCGAGGGCAGCUCGAGCGUGACCUGCAUUGUGUGCGCGCGCAGCUGGAGAGCGAGGCGAAUGCGCGCCGCAUUCUCGACGAGCGGAAUACGGAAAUCUCGGCGGAGGCCGGAAACAAGGGCGAGGAGCUCGCCAAUGCGUUGGCGGAGGCUACCGAACAGGCACGCGUCGCUGAGCAUCUACGACAUGAGCUGCUGCAAGUGCAGGAGGAGUUCGAGGCCGUCAAGUCGUUGGAGGCACGGAACGCGGAGAAAGUCGCUACGCUGCUGGAGGACCAAGCGAAUACUCUUCGGCGUCUGGAAGAAGCCAGGGCGCGUGGAGAGGACCUGGAGACUCAGAUACAAGACGCGCGGUCUGAGAGCGAUGUCGUAAAGCAAGCACUCGCCGAGGCGAGCAAAGAGAAGGACCGUCUCCUUCGCGCUCAGGCGUCAGAACACGACCGGCUAUUGCGGGACCACAUUGCGGAGGCCGACGGCGACCGUGCGGUGCUCGAGCAUCAGUUCUCAGAGCUGCGAGCGGCACUGGAGAACGCGGAACGCCAGCUCAAGGACGCACGCGCCCAGGCCGAGAUGGCGAACGCCGACGCAGUGGGCCUGCGAGAGGAGUUACAGCGCGUCGAACACCAGCUACGAGAUGCUCGACGUGAUGAGCGGACCGUGCGGGAGGACCUCCGCGCCGGACGGGCGUCUCAGUCCGAGUACGAGCACCGGCUCGAGGAGAGCGAACGGCUGGUCGCGCAGCUGCUCGACGUCGCAUUAGCGUUCCGUAACGCGCACGUCAAGGCACUCACCGCCGUGCAGACUAUGGUCACGCAUCCGGGCAGCAAGAACGCUGGUACUGUGAACCUCGCAGACUCGACGCACAGCAACGGGCGGCAUGCUAUCGUACCUCUGUCUGGCGAGCCUCUGCCUAUCGACCCAUCCGACCCAGUCGGGGCGCUCGAGGCCCUGCGUGCGUUUGACCACGACCACUUCUUGGAGGCGAUAAGCAAGGCUGGCUCUACGAUUCGCAAGUGGCAGAAGCAGUGCAAGGACUAUCGCGAGCGGGCGAAGGGCAAGAUCUCGUUCAGGAACUUUGCAAAGGGCGACCUGGCCCUCUUCCUACCGACGCGUAACUCUGUCUCGAAGCCGUGGGCCGCGUUCAAUGUAUCAUUCCCGCACUACUUCCUACAAGCGACAGGGCACCUCGCGGAGCAGCUCAAGACGCGCGAGUGGAUUGUUGCGCGGAUCACCUCCAUUACGGAACAGGUGGUGGAUUCCAAGGACCCGAGCACAAACCCGUAUGGCCUAGGCGAUGGCGUCAAGUAUUACAUGCUCGAGGUGGAGGACUGGACGCAGCCGGCUUACCCCUCGAAGCGGCGGGAGUCGUCCAAGAAGAUUCCAGCGGCCGAACCUCCGUCGGAGACGUCGCCCCAAUCCUCUCCACCCGCCGAGGUCCCGGCGCCCAUCCCGGCGGGCCCACCGGAGCCGGAGGUGGAAGAAUCGUUCAGCGUGACGCGCCCGCCGACGUCGCGCCUCUUCCCACGGACACGCUCGAACUCCUCGCCCACGGCGGGCCCGUCCUCCCUCUCCCGCCUUCUCGCACAGGCUGGGCCUGCUGAGCAAGGCGCCGCCCUGCCGUCGGAGGCUGUCGACCUUCCUACGCCCCGUCCUGUAACACCGUCUGAGAGCGCGAAGCCGUCCCCGGACACGCCUCCCACGGCUGCUGCCCUGCCCCCACCUCCUGUCUCCCCCACACGUCGCAGCCCUGGGUCUCAGCCCCAAAAUAUCCACCUGCCGGCCCAACCAUCGCCACUCCGCCCUGGGUCGCGCGCGUCCCGUGGCUCAUCCUCCUCGCAGUUCUCGAGGGGACGGAUCCCGUUCGGCGCCACGCCCGGCGCGGCUGCGAAAGCAAUGCCCACGACCGCUAUUUCGGAGCAGGCGGUGUCGACGCUGGCGUCGACGCCGUCAUCCGGCUCUGGCUCCGGCUCAGAUACAAUUGGGAUGCCCGGGGCUAUGGCUGGGUCGUAUGUUCCGUCCCCGGAGGAUUCGCCUACGGGUGGAAUGGUGAGCUUAUUGUCCCAGACGCAGCGGAGACGGACAACGUCGCACUCUGUGCUACCCACUCGCAACUCCAUCGGGGCGAUGCCGUCCCCGGCCACGACUUCAUCUAGCUCCCUGGCCGGGCUUGGGCUUGGCGCCGGAGUGGGGGCGGGGCCGACUGCGACAAGUCGCCUCGCGAGUUUUGCCGGUAGCUGGGGAAUUGGAUUCGGCCGCAAGAAAAAGCUCGAACUCGCGGAGACUGCGCAGUCGGACAGCGGCUCGUCCCCGUCCAAACCGACGUCCCCCGCUGCGCGCGGAGCUGGGACGUCGAGCCCGAUACCAGAAUCGGUCACGCCCACCUCGGACUAGCAUAUUGAUCGUCUCACCGACAAAUAAUCUUCUCUAUCGAUGCUCUAGCACGCUCCUUGACACCUCAUGGCCGUUCCUGUACACCACGCUCUCUUUGCCACGCUGCUCGACUUGCUUUAGGAUCUGGAAUUUGUAUAUGACACUGGAAGC